AUUCUUCUAUCCUCUGUUUUCCAACUAUAUUCACAUUCAAUGGCUGCAAUUGUGUGCCACGGGUUGCAGUCAUAUCUCGAGUCUCAACUAGUAGAGUCAAGAAUACACAGUCACAGGCUUAGGCUACCAUCCCCAAAACCACUCACCCCUCCUCAACCACAAGCACCCAUCGAUUUAGCCUUCAAAUCCUGUUUCUGGGAACCAGACACCAAACCCCAUCGUGAGGGUGGUUGUGGUUGGACCUCCAUUGAAGCCCUUUCCAACGUGUCCCAAUGCGCCAAAGAAAGCAGCUACGUCCUCCCUCAGUCAUACUCAUCGGUGCGACUCAGCCCCCAGAGUUUGGAGCUGUGCACUGAGAACUUGGGGAAUGAAACGGGAAGUGACAUGAUAGAGAGUGGCAUUGAUUUGCUAUCUUCUUCGGAAGGUGAGAAUUUGGUGAGAAGGGAGGAAAAAAGAAAAACGCGUCAAGUUUUGGGAGCUAAGGAAUUUCCACCUCCUUUGACAACGAUAAGAGGGUCAGAGUCUCUACGUGUGAGAUCCCACAGAGAAGAUGGAAGGCUUGUACUUGAGCUCACCAAAGUCAAUGUCCCAUCUUGUUUCCAAGCUCAGAGGAGCCAUGGCCGCCUUCGCCUCCGCUUUUGGACUCACCCACAAGAUCAUGAUCAUGAUGAUGUUGAUGUUGACAUCCAAGAACAAUUUGAAAAUGGUCAAACACAAGACGUGGAAGAAUAUGAUGAUGAUGAUGAAGAAGAUGAAGAAGAAGAUGUUGUUGAUACUGAGAAUGAGGGUGGGUGGGAAGAGACCAAAGGCCACAACAGUUGGAGGAGUAUUGAGGGUGGUGUGAGAAUGGAAAAGUAUGAAAUUGAGAGGCGAAGCAGAAUGUCUCAAGAUGGAGGAUCAAGUAGGGAGAGCACUCCUGCCUCACAAAUUGAAAGAUUUGCACAAAGAUUUGAAAGAAUGUUUGAGAGGCAAAAUGAAGCAGUAAAGAAUGUUCAAAAGGCGUUGGCAAAUAAUGUAAGAAAGCGGUCACAUAAUCAUUCUCCACAUGCUUAUGGAGAUUCUAGUAGUUCUUCAAGAGAAAGAAGAAGAGAUAGGAGGGAUAAUGAAGAAAUGAGGUAUGAUAGGUGGAGAGAUAAUAGAGAGAGGAAAAAUCAAAGAAGGAGAAGAGAUGAUGUAAGACAUAGAGCAAUCAAAUACUUCAAAUGUCUUAAAAAGGGUCAUAUUGCAUUCCAAUGUCCAAACAAGAAAACUACAAUUUUGAAGAAGAAUGGUGAAAUCUUAAGUGCAAUUUCAUCUCAAUCAUCACAUGCUUCAAGUGAAGAAGAUAGUGAGUUUGAAGCUUUAUGCCAUGAAGGAGAUUUGCUUAUGGUAAGGCGUCUCUUGGGUAGUAUAGUUAAAGAGGAUGACACUACACAAAGAAAAUAUUUUUCAUUCAAGAUGCUUGGUAAUAAAGAGUCAAAUUUGAGGAUAAAUUCUCUUGAAGAAGGAGGGAUUGAUGAGAAUCAAGGAAGGUCCAUUGAAGAUAAAGACUUGAAGGCAUUGGAAGGACUUCAAUAA